AUGGCUGCUCUCACUACCAGCUCCCUCUCCUCCAUGGUGGCGACAACCGCGCUUUCCGCGAGUGCCGCGUCAUCCAGGGCCCUUGCCAGCUCAGCCGCUAUCUCGGGAACUCCAGUCCUGCGCUCCGCUGCUUGCGUCGGCAAGCGUGCACCGACCGGCAAGACUAACGGCUCGGUCAGGUGCUCCGCGAAGCCGUCGGCUUCCAACGACGAGAGCAACAGAACCUUUGCUUUGAGAUCUUUCCGCGAGAAGAAGGCUUUCAAGGCCAUCGCAGGACUCAACAACUUCAAUGCCGACUCUGUUGCCGCUGUCGUCUCCGCUGCUGAGAAGGGAGGGGCCACGGUCGUCGACAUUGCCUGCGAUCCCGACCUCGUUCGCCUCGCCCGCUCCCUCACCUCUCUCCCUAUCUGCGUGUCGGCAGUGGAGCCGGAGAAGUUCGUCGAGGCAGUUGCUGCUGGCGCGCACAUGAUCGAGAUUGGCAACUUUGAUUCGUUCUAUCCUGACGGCCGGGAGUUCACCGCAGAGGAGGUGCUGGACUUGACUCGUCGCACUCGCCAGCUGCUCCCCUCCAUCGCCCUCUCCGUCACCGUUCCCCACACUCUGCCUCUGCCCGAACAGGUCGCUCUGGCGGAGGCUCUGCAAGGGUGUGGCGCUGACGUUAUCCAGACUGAGGGCGGAACCAGCUCAGCAGCUUCCUCUGCUGGCGUUCAAGGGCUGGUGGAGAAGGCCACUCCCACCAUUGCAGCCACCUACUCUAUCGCCCGGGCCGUCACCAUUCCAGUCAUGUGUGCCUCUGGUCUCAGUGCUGUCACUGUCCCUCUCGCCUUCGCUGCUGGUGCUUCAGGAGUGGGAGUUGGAUCUGCCAUCAACCGCCUGAAUGAGCCUAUUGCGAUGGUGGCAGCGGUGCGGGAAAUUGCAGAUGCAAACGAUAGAGAGCAGGAUGAGGAGGGAGAUCAGUAUCCAGGCAAUGAGGGUCCCACGGAGGGAGGGAAAUACGUUAGAUACACGAGCGAACAGGUGGAGGUAUUGGAGAAAGUUUAUAAAGAAUGUCCGAAACCGAGCUCCGUCCGACGGUCGCAGCUUAUCAAGGAGUAUCCGGUGCUGUCGAACAUCGAGCCGAAGCAGAUCAAAGUCUGGUUCCAGAACCGAAGAUGUCGCGAGCGGCAGCGGAUGGAGUACAGCCGGCUGCAGAGCAUGAACUCGCGCCUCUCCGCGCUCAACAAGCUGCUCGUGGAGGAAAACGAGCUCUCCACGCGCAAGAUCUCGCAACUCACGCUCGAAAACAUGCUCCUGCGACAGCAGCCGGUUCUCCCCCCGGGAAUGCACCCGGGCCUGCCCCUGGGUCAGCCAGACGUCUUUUCCCAGCUGCGAGCUGCGGCGCUAGGUGGGGUGGGAGGGGCGGGAGGGGUGGGCGGGGUCGGAGGGGUGGGAGGGAUUGGAGGGGUGGGAGGGGAGUUUGGCGGAGGGGCAGCCGCUUUAGACGUGCUGAAGCAGCGGCAACUGGGAGCGGCGCAGCAGCAGCAGCAGCAACAACAGCAACAACAACAGCAACAGCAGCAACAGCAACAACAACAGCAAGCACAGCAACAGGGAUUGGCACAGCAAGCAGAGCAGCAGCAGUUGCUGCCAAGGCUGGGGUUUGCGGGCACCAAUCUGACCUCGGACUCAGCCGUGACCGGCUCCAAUCCUGCCGGCGACCCAGGCGCCUCUGGUCUACUACCCAUAGCAGAGCAGAUCUUAUCCGAGUUCUUGGCAAAAGCUACUGGCACGUCCAUGGACUUUGUUGAAAUGCCGGGGGUCAAGGUCGGAGCAGGCUACAUAGGCAAGGUCACCAUUGCAUGCGGAGGGCCCGGUGUUGCUGCUCGGGCGGCUGGCCUUGUGCUGCUGCCGCCCAGCAAGGCAGCAGAGUUGCUCAAGGACCGAGUGGCGUGGCUGAGGGAGUGCCGCCGCUGUGACGUGCUGGGAGGCUUCCGCACUCCCAAUGGCGGCACUGUCGAGCUCGUCUACACCCAGAUGUACGCACCAACCACCCUCGCCCCUCCUCGUGACCUCUGCACCCUUCGUUACACCUCUCUUCUAGAAGACGGAGUGGUGAUCUGCGAGCGCUCGCUGAGCAAUGCCCAUGGGGGCGCGUCCAUGCCCGCAGUGCCGUCGUUUGUGCGUGCGGAAAUGCUCCCCAGUGGCUACCUUAUCCGCCAGUGCGACGGGGGAGGCUCCGUGAUCAUCGCUGUAGACCACCUUGACCUGCAGGCGUCCAGCGUACCUGAGGUGCUGCGGCCGCUGUACCAGUCGUCUGCAGCGCUGGCACACCGAAUGACCAUUGAGGCCCUGCGCUACCUGCGCAAGGUGGCCAACGAGGGGUCCGCAGGCGGGGGCGAGGCCACCAGCGGGGAGGGCGGGGCAGCGGGCAGCAGGGCGGAGUCUGGGCGGCCACAGGACCGGCAGCUGACAGCAUGGCGAGCGAUAGCAGAGCGCAUUGCCAUGGGAUUCAACGAGGCAGUGAAUGGGUUUACGGACGAUGGGUGGGAGCAGAUGGCGGGAGACGGCAUGGAUGACGUCACCCUUGCUGCCAGAGCCACUGGCGCCGGGGGGAAGGCCGCAGGGGGCAUGGGCGGAGGGGGAGAUGCGCCUGGGCCUGUGGGCGGUGGUGUGCUGUGCGCCAAGGCGUCUAUGCUGCUGCAGAACGUGUCUCCAGUACUCCUCAUCAAGUUUCUGCGCCACCAUCGCGCAGAGUGGGCGGACGGCACGAUAGACGCGGACUCAGCAGCGGCAGUGCAGGCCACCAUGGGUGCUCGCGCUGCUGCUGCCGGCGCGGGGAAAGUGCCUCUGCCGCUUGCCUAUGCUGUUGACCAGGAAGAGUUCCUGGAGUUGGUGAAGCUCGAGCCUGCUGCUGCCACACGGGGGAUGGCCGGAGCGAGAGAAACGUUUCUGCUGCAGCAUCCACCUUUGCCUCGCCCUGCCUGCACCCACUCCCACACCCCUUCCCCCCAUACCUGUGCCAGUCUCCUCCUCUCCUCUCCCCCUUUCCCGCUUUUCAACCGCACUCUCUUUCUCGUCUGUAUUCCGUUUUGCUUCACCCUGUUCCCCUCACUCUUCGCCCCAUCCACCCCGCUUUCCUGCCUACCCUCUCUUCUUGCCGCUCCUCCCUACUGCCCCUCCCUCCUCCCCCUCCCCCUUGUUCUCCCCUCCCCAUCCCCCUCCCCCCUCCCCUCCCCUCCCCCCUCCCUCUCCCCUCUCCCCUCCCCUCUCCCCCUCCCCUCUCCCCUCCCCUCUCCCCUCCCCUCUCCCUCUCCCCUCUCCCCUCCCCUCUCCGCCUCCCCUCUCCCCCUCCCCUCCCCCUCCCCUCUCCCCCUCCCCUCUCCCCCUCCCCUCUCCCCCUCCCCUCUCCCCCAUUUGCCCCGGUGA